AGUCCAGUUCCUGCUCCAGUCCGGACAGGAAGUCCUGCUCCGCCCAUCCGAAUCACACCCAGCCAGGAAAAGACGGCACAAGGCGGCGAAAAACGCCAAAGUCAAACUUGGUCGGAAUCCUCAGCGGCCUUCUGGAUGUUGCUUUAGUCCGCUUAGUCGCCUCUUCUUGCCCGCGCCACCAGCCGUCACCGGCGGCAGCAUGACGUCCCCCGUCACCUUAGAGGAUGCUCUGUCCAACGUGGACCUGCUGGAGGAGCUGCCGCUGCCGGACCAGCAGCCGUGCAUCGAGCCCCUGCCCUCCUCCGUCAUGUACCAGCCCAACUUCAACACCAACUUUGAGGACCGCAACGCCUUCGUGACGGGCAUCGCCAGAUACAUCGAGCAGGCCACCGUCCACUCCAGCAUGAAUGAGAUGUUGGAGAAGGGCCAGGAGUACGCCAUCAUGCUCUACACCUGGAGGAGCUGCUCACGUGCAAUACCGCAGGUGAAAUGCAACGAGCAGCCCAACAGGGUGGAGAUCUACGAGAAGACGGUGGAGGUGCUGGAGCCCGAAGUCACCAAGCUGAUGAACUUCAUGUACUUCCAGCGCACCGCCAUCGACCGCUUCUGCAACGAGGUGCGGCGCCUGUGUCACACGGAGCGGCGCAAGGACUUUGUGUCGGAGGCCUACCUGCUGACUCUGGGCAAGUUCAUCAACAUGUUCGCUGUCCUGGACGAGCUGAAGAAUAUGAAGUGUAGCGUCAAGAACGACCACUCGGCUUACAAGCGCGCCGCCCAGUUCCUAAGGAAAAUGUCCGAGCCCUCGUCCAUCCAGGAGUCUCAGAACUUGUCCAUGUUCCUGGCAAACCACAACAAGAUCACGCAGUCUCUGCAGCAGCAGCUGGAGGUGAUCAACGGCUACGAGGAGCUGCUGGCCGACAUCGUCAACCUGUGUGUGGAGUACUACGACAACAAGAUGUACCUCACCCCCGGCGAGAAGCACAUGCUGCUCAAAGUGAUGGGCUUUGGCUUGUACCUCAUGGACGGGAACAGCAGCAACAUCUACAAGAUGGACGCCAAGAAGAGAAUCAACCUGACCAAGAUCGACAAGUUCUUCAAGCAGCUCCAGGUGGUUCCUCUGUUCGGCGACAUGCAGAUCGAGUUGUCCCGGUACAUCAAGACCAGUGCUCACUUCGAAGAGAACAAGUCCAGGUGGACGUGCACGUCCAUAUCAAGCAGCCCUCAGUACAACAUCUGCGAGCAGAUGAUCCAGAUCCGAGAAGACCACAUGCGCUUCAUCUCAGAGCUGGCUCGCUACAGCAACAGCGAGGUGGUGACGGGGUCCGGGCGUCAGGAGGCCCAGAAGACAGACAUGGAGUACAGGAAGCUGUUCGACCUGGCGCUGCAGGGCAUGCACCUCCUCUCGCAGUGGAGCGCUCACGUCAUGGAAGUGUACUCCUGGAAGCUGGUGCACCCCACAGACAAGUACUCCAACAAGGAGUGUCCCGACAACGCGGAGGAGUACGAGCGCGCCACUCGAUACAACUACACCACCGAGGAGAAGUUUGCCCUGGUGGAGGUGAUCGCCAUGAUCAAGGGGCUGCAGGUGCUGAUGGGCCGCAUGGAGAGCGUCUUCAACCACGCCAUCCGCCACACCAUCUACUCGGCGCUGCAGGACUUCUCCCAGGUGACGCUGCGCGACCCUCUGCGCCAGGCCAUCAAGAAGAAGAAGAACGUGGUCCAGAGUGUCCUCCAGGCCAUCAGGAAGACGGUGUGCGACUGGGAGACGGGCCGAGAGCCGCACAACGACCCGGCCCUCCGCGGGGAGAAGGACCCCAAGGGCGGGUUUGACAUCAAGGUUCCCAGACGGGCUGUAGGACCCUCCAGCACUCAGCUCUACAUGGUGAGGACCAUGCUGGAGUCCCUCAUUGCGGACAAAAGCGGCUCCAAGAAGACUCUGCGCAGCAGUCUGGAGGGCCCCACCAUCCAGGACAUUGAGAAGUUCCACCGUGAAUCCUUCUUCUACACCCACCUGCUCAACUUCAGCGAAACCCUGCAGAAGUGCUGCGACCUCUCCCAGCUCUGGUUCAGGGAGUUCUUCCUGGAGCUCACCAUGGGCCGCAGGAUCCAGUUCCCCAUUGAGAUGUCCAUGCCCUGGAUACUCACAGACCACAUCCUGGAGACCAAGGAGUCAUCAAUGAUGGAGUAUGUGCUCUAUCCGCUGGACUUGUACAACGACAGCGCCCACUACGCCUUGACCAAGUUUCGGAAGCAGUUCCUCUACGACGAAAUUGAGGCUGAGGUCAACUUGUGCUUUGAUCAGUUCGUCUACAAGCUGGCCGAUCAGAUCUUUGCCUACUACAAGAUCCUGGCCGGAAGUCUCCUGCUGGACAAACGUCUGAGGGCCGACUGCAAGAACCAGGGAGCCAACAUCCCCUGGCCUUCCUCCAACCGCUACGAGACCCUGCUGAAGCAGCGCCACGUCCAGCUCCUGGGACGCUCCAUAGACCUGAACAGGCUGAUCACUCAGAGGAUCUCGGCCGCUCUCUACAAGUCCCUGGAGUUGGCCAUCAACCGCUUUGAGAGCGAGGACCUCACCUCCAUCAUGGAGCUGGACGGGCUGGUGGAGAUCAAUCGUCUGACUCACAAGCUGCUCUGCAAGUUCCUGACUCUGGACAGCUUUGACGCCAUGUUCCGUGAGGCCAACCACAACGUGUCUGCACCGUACGGCCGCAUCACUCUGCACGUCUUCUGGGAGCUCAACUACGACUUCCUGCCCAACUACUGCUACAACGGCUCCACCAACAGGUUUGUGCGCACCGUGCUGCCUUUCUCCCAGGAGUUCCAGAGGGACAAGCCGCCCAACGCCCAACCCCAGUACCUUUUUGGCUCCAAGACUCUGAACCUGGCCUACAGCAGCAUCUUCAGCUGCUACAGGAACUUUGUGGGCCCGCCUCACAUCAAGGGCAUGUGCCGGCUGCUGGGCUACCAGGGCAUCGCCGUGGUGAUGGAGGAGCUGCUGAAGGUGGUCAAGAGCCUGCUGCAGGGCACCAUCAUGCAGUACGUGAAGACCCUGAUGGAGGUCAUGCCCAAGAUCUGUCGCCUCCCUCGUCACGAGUACGGCUCCCCAGGAAUCCUGGAGUUCUUCCACCACCAGCUGAAGGACAUCGUAGAAUACGCUGAGCUGAAGACUGUCUGCUUCCAGAACUUGAGGGAAGUGGGCAACGCUCUUCUCUUCUGUCUGCUCAGCGAACAAAGUCUGUCGCAGGAAGAAGUGUGUGAUCUGCUGCAUGCUGCACCAUUCCAGAACAUUCUGCCCAGAGUCCACAUCAAAGAAGGCGAGCGUCUGGAUGCCAAGAUGAAGCGUCUGGAGGCCAAGUACACAGCCCUGCACAUGGUUCCUCUCAUAGAGAGACUGGGCACACCUCAGCAAAUCGCCAUCGCACGUGAGGGCGACCUGCUGACCAAAGAGCGUCUGUGCUGCGGUCUCUCCAUGUUCGAGGUCAUCCUGGCACGUGUGCGCACCUUCCUGGACGACCCCAUCUGGCGCGGCCCGCUGCCUAGCAACGGCGUGAUGCACGUGGACGAGUGCGUGGAGUUCCACCGCCUGUGGAGCGCCAUGCAGUUUGUCUACUGCAUCCCUGUGGGCGCACACGAGUUCACCGUGGAGCAGUGCUUUGGUGACGGCCUCCACUGGGCGGGCUGCUUGAUCAUCUCCCUGCUGGGACAACAUCGCCGCUUUGACAUCCUGGACUUCAGCUACCACCUGCUCAAGGUGCAGAAACAUGAUGGCAAGGAUGAGGUCAUCAAGAGUGUGCCCCUGAAGAAGAUGGUGGAUCGCAUCCGCAAGUUCCAGGUGCUGAACAACGAGAUCUUCUCCAUCCUGAACAAGUACCUGAAGUCUGGCGAUGGCGAGAACGUGCCGGUGGAACAUGUGCGCUGCUUCCAGCCGCCCAUCCACCAGUCACUGGCCAGUAGCUAAGAUGUCAAAGUUCCAACACAACGGGACCACUUUUUGUACUCACGUGUGCCUUAUGGAGGAGAGUUAGUGAGCAACAUGCAUGCUGAAAGCUUUUAUUCCAAUAAAUAUGUAACACAUGA